GGACGUUGCCAGUGUCGUGCGCACCCAGAAUAAAGGCCGAAACGCCUAUCUCUUGUUGUUGCACUUUGAAAAGGACGGUGUUUUCGAAGAGGUUAGGAGCAAGAAUCCCGACUUGCAGUACACAGAUGACGCGGUAUGGAUAGGUUUUACUAAGAGCCGCCGUGACUCGUACAUUAUUCUCGACGACUGGUUUCGGAAGAAGAAGGAUAUCAAAGCGGUGGACCCGAGAGUUUAUCGUCAGUGGUUGGAUACUCGGGAGGAGGUGGAACCAGAGCCGAAGCCGAAAUCAAGUAAGUCUUCCAUUCCGACCACACCCUUGAGCGGAGCUAGUAUGGUCAACCACCAUCCGUCUAUUACCUUCGACUCCUUCAAGAAAGCGGAGGAAUUAGGGAAGCAGGCCGCACAGCUUGACGGCGAUACUGGGGUGAGGCCGCAGGCUUGGAUAUUCAAUAAUGCCUUCACCGGGGAUCGAACCUGUGCCCUGAUCGUCUCCAUUUUUAGACUCCAGCCAGUGGACGGCGGAAGCGUAAUUCAGUGA